AUGGCUGUAUAUGUAUUGCAGUUUCUUAUCUUGAUAGGAUAUAGGCUCGCUGUGUAAAAACCUGUCAUGUUGACAGUCCAACUGACAAAACAGGAUUAUUCUUGAUAAAUAUUGUAGACAAAGCUGUCAUUCAAAUGUUCUUUGGAUAAUCAUGAUGAUGGCUUUCAACGAAGUUAAUUCUCGGAGCAGACAUCGAGAUGAACAGUGAGAUUGUCAAACUGAACAAAACCGCUAAAAAAAGAAGUCAAAUAGAGCAACUUCUUAUGGUAGAUCAUAGUGAUAUCUAUUUUGAAAAUGAAAAACUUGGAGAUAGACUAAAUCGUUAUUUACACUCACUUCGCAAAGAUCAUCUCAAAAAUGUUAUUCUAAGAGAUACUGAAAUAAAACAAUUAAAUAGGGAACUCGAGACUUUAUCAGCUAUUUUAAGGACUUCGGAAAUAGGUAGAAAAAUACGGGAGAGAGCUGAGGCUGACGAGGAGGAGGAAGCUAAACUAAACAAAUAUCAAGCUGAACCGACUGAAUCUGAGAGAGUCAGUAUUUUAAAACGACGUUUAAGGGCACUAACGCCUGAUCUAUCUGACUUCAAAUCUUAUGAAGAGCGACAUAACAAGGUCAGAAUAAAAAGUAGCUUAGAAAUUUUUCAGGAAGAACGACAUAUUCCUAAGACGAGAACUCCGUCUCCAGAUAGCGAAAAGGAAAACGAGAAAAGAACAACUAUCCAACCUCAUCCUCGAAAUUCGCAACCAGUCCGAUCUCACUCAGACUUAUCAGGAUUAAACAGACAACGAAAAUUAAAGGAACGAAUAGAUACAUCAGACUUCCCAGAAGAGUGGUUCACUACGGUUGUUCCUGCAUCCGACGCCGUUAUCGCACGUGUCCGACGUCAUAAAUCAGCCCCGCUUCACCAACAGUUGAAAAUGUUAAGAGCGAAAAAGAAACCAGAGGAAACGAAUGAGGAAGAAGAGCCUGAAAUUAAAGAAGAUGAAGACACAAAUGAAGAAGUCCAAGGACUUAAAGUGAUAUGUGAUACACCGGUCAGGCCGGUUGUCAUGUCAUUAAGGCAACUGAAGGAAAUUGCAAAUAUAGAUAACCUUGCUGAAAAAGUGCCAAAUAAGUUUGAGGAUUUAAAGAUAAAGCGUCUAGAAAGGGCAAAAGUUCAUUUUGACAAACUGGAAUCACGGUGUAGGAGAUUUGUUCAAGAUAUAAUGAGACAAAAUGAAAAAGAUAUGGAGGAUCUUAAAAAGCCUGUUCCUCCAAAAUCUCCUAAAAGGAAGCCAUCAAUAUUGCCACCUUCUUGAUCAUUACAGAGUAAACUGUUUCAUGUGUUCGAAUUUGUUUGGUGGUGGGAUUUAAGACAUGCGGUCCGUCAAGUACCAUCGGUAUGGUAGUUAAUGGACUGAUUCAUUUAAAAAAUACCCAUAACAUUUCAUUUUGAUAAGAAUGUUGUUUUA